GCGCCGUGUGAGGGGACGCGGCCGGGCCGGGCUGAGAGCGCAGCGCCGGGAGCUGCCCGGGACACCGGGAGGAGUCACACGGGGCUCGCCCUGCCCCCGGAGCACCCUGGCACUCCGAGCCACGGGGCACCCAGUCCCCUGGCCUUGGCUCUCCGGCCGGGCUCGGCGGGAGGCUCUCCCGGCCGAGGAUGUCCGGCAGCGGCCCAGGACGGCCGGCGGAGGUGGCAGAGUGGCUGGCACAUCCCUUUGAUGGCUUCCUCGGGAGCACGGGCCCCUGUGCCACCGCCGUGAGGCCGCGGAGGGGCGGCGCCGGCAGAGCCCGCGGGCAGCAGCAGAGAGCCCCGAGCCCCGGGGCGGAGAAGAGCCGAGCCACAGCUCCUCCCAGGAAGAGAGCCAAGCCGGGAGCUGCGGAUCCGCCCUGCGCCCAGCCGGGCCGCAGCCAGGCCCAGGAGGAGCUGCCGUGGGUGGAGAGAUACAGGCCUGAGAGCCAGAAUGACCUCGCUGUGCAAAAGAAGAAAAUUGAGGAAGUUGAAACCUGGUUAAAAACACACAUAUUUCAGAGGCAGCCAAAGCAGGGUGGCUCUGUCUUGCUGCUGACUGGCCCUCCUGGCUGUGGAAAAACUGCAACCCUGCAAAUUCUAGCCAGAGAUCUUGGCCUUCAGGUGCAAGAAUGGACCAACCCACUCUCUUUAGACUUCACAAAGGAAGAACUGAGGAGCAUGCUUGGCCAUGACUCAAAUUUUCAUACGUUUCCGAGUCAGGCCCAAGCAGCUCUCUUUCAAGAUUUUCUAUUAAGAGCAAAUAAGUAUAACAAACUUCAGAUGCUUGGGGAGUCCUCAGAAAAUGAUAAAAAGCUUAUUCUUAUUGAAGACAUUCCUAACCAAUUCUACCGAGAUCCUGGCAGCCUGCAUGAAAUCCUCAGGAGCUUUGUUCGUAGGAGUAGGUGCCCCCUCGUCUUCAUAAUCUCAGAUAACUUCAGUGGAGACAGCAACCAGAGGUCACUGUUCCCCGCUGAAAUUGUAGAGGAGUUGUGUAUAUGCAACAUUAGUUUCAAGCCUGUUGCACCAACAAAUAUGAUGAAAGUUCUCAAUCGAAUAGCUGCAGCAGAAGCCUGUAUGAACAGAGAGAAUUACACCCCUGAUAGAACUUCUCUGGAGUUGCUUUGCAGAGGUUGUUCAGGUGACAUAAGAAGUGCAAUAAACAGCCUUCAGUUUUCCUCUACAAAAGGCUGCUCCUUGGAGAAAGAAUUUUGGUCAAAGAAGAAGAAGCAGAGCUCCACAAUAAAAUGUGAUGAAAUAGGAGUAUCCAAAGUAAGAAAGAAAAGUAAAUGUGAUGCCUCAGAAGACCAGGAGAUACAAGCAAUUGGUGGCAAGGAUGCAUCCAUUUUUCUCUUCCAUGCUCUGGGGAAAAUUAUUUAUUGCAAAAGAGAAGCAGUGUCAGAAGCAGAGUGCCCUCAGCUGCCUGCCCACCUGUCCGCACACCGCCGCGACACCUUGCUCAUCCAGCCUGAGGACAUUGUGGAGAAAUCACAUAUGUCUGGAAGCAUGUUCAAUCUGUACCUUCACCAGAACUACGUGGACUUUUUUUCUGACAUAGAUGAUGUAGUGAGAGCCAGUGAAUAUUUGAGCACUGCUGAUGUCCUUUGCAGUAACUGGAGUGCACGGCUGGUGAUGGAGAGCUACAGUGCCUCCGUGGCCACCCGGGGGGUGAUCCACUCCAACACCUCCAGGGCCUUUGCCCACCAGCAGGGGGGCAUGGGCUUCCGACCCUUACACAAACCCCAGUGGUUUUUGAUCAACAAAAAGUAUCAGGAAAAUUGCAUUGCUGCAAAAUCUCUGUUCUCAAGCUUCUGUUUACCACCUGAGUGCCUUCAGACAGAGCUGCUGCCUUAUCUUGCUAUGUUAGCAAACCCAAUGAGAAACCAAGCUCAGAUUGCUUUUAUCCAAGAUGUGGGGAGGCUGCCACUGAACAGACAUUUUGGGAGGCUGCAGCUGGAGGCUCUGGGUGACAAGGACCCCGGCGUGCCGGAGCUGUCCCACGGGGACGGCGACCCCGAGGACUCCCUGAAGUGA